AUGACAAGAAAUCAAAAGGCUGGGCGGUUGGAGGUUGGGGGCCGGAGUGUUUCUACUUGGUGGAGAGAGUUAGCGAAAAUUAAGGAUGGUGUAGGAAAUGUAGGAGGGAGUUGGUUUGCAGAUAGGGUGGCGAGUUGGGUAGGGUCAGGGACUGAUACUCUAUUUUGGCAGGAUAGGUGGUUAGGUGAUGUUCCAUUGUGUAGGCGUUUUAGUCGCCUGUUUGAUUUAUCAAUCUAUAAGUCGAGCACAGUGGCCGAGAUGUUCUCUCUUGGGUGGGAGGAAGGGGGUGCUGUGUGGGGUUGUCGGAGGCGUUUGUGGGAUUGGGAGGAGCAGAUGAUAGGCGAGUGUCGCCGUUUACUUGAUGAUUUUGUUGUGCAGACUGAUGUUUCUGACAGGUGGCAGUGGCUUCCUGACACUUCGAGUGGGUAUACUGUGCGCGGGGCAUAUCAUAUUCUAGCACACCAGGUGCAACAGAUAGAUGAUGACAUUCGAGAGCUUGUAUGGCAUAAACAUGUACCUGCGAAGGUCUCUAUCCUAGCGUGGCGACUAUUGCGGGACAGGCUACCAACAAGAAACAAUCUGCUAAGGCGGGGCAUUAUCCACCCUACGGCUAAGUACUAUGUCACGGGGUGUGGAAACGAUGAAACGGCUCCUCAUUUGUUCUUUCAUUACAAUACUUUUGGAGCUUUAUGGCAACAUAUACGACAUUGA